CGCCGUCGGUGGAGGUACUUGAAGGUGCACCAGUCCCAUGUGGCUCGACGGCUGCUUCAGUGACGUUCGCGAAACGACACGCGAACCGCAACUUAUUUGGUUAAUUUAGUGCUGUAAACUGCUUUAAACAUAUUUAAAAUGGCAAUUUAAGGCGCAGGCGGCAACUUGGGCAUCGGCAAUAACCUGGCAGGUCGGCGGCGUGUGGCACUGGCAGUUUCUGGCAAAAUGGCGUAUCCCCUGGCAUCCCCCCACAGCUUUGCUGCCGUCGACAGCAGUUUGGAACCCUUCAAAUUCUUGCGGCCAUCUUUGUUUACUUUCUCACGGCUAACAUCGACCAGCGAUGACGCACUUGGCUUUGGCGGACGUGGAGGCCCUGUGCUUCGGGAGCUCAUUUCUGAUGGCUGACCCCAUGGGGCCCCUUCUGGACCCAGAUGAUGAAGAAGCUGUUUCUCCCUCCUCCUUCCUCGAGGGGAAGGCACCAGCCUCGCCCUCGUUCUCCAACGCUCCGCCCCUGUCUCCGUACCAAGCCCUGUUCUCUGCGCCUCCCUCUCCUCCCGCCACCCCUCCCGUGUCCUCCUCCUUCCUGGGAAUCAAGGUUGGAGCAGACUCCUUGUCCUGGCUCGACGACCAUGUCGGAGUUCAAGACGACAAAGACGAUGCCUUCGCGGACAUGGACUGGAUGGCUGAGAAAAUCGACCUGAACGACUUGGACCUGGAGUCUCUCAUCUGCUCCUGCUCGUCCGACGAGUCCCCCAGCUCCCCUGAGGAGUUCCUGGCGUCCCUCAGCCCCCAUGAGGCUCUGUCCCUCGACACCAUUGUUGGUCCACCUGAAGCGAUGGAACUGGAUCUCUCCAGUGUCCCUCCCCUUCCCAUGGAGCUCCCCGUCUCUGGGUCAGUGCAGGAGGUGAAGGCCGAAGUCACUCUGGAUCCAGAAGUUGUGAUCAAGUUGGAGCCGCUCUCGCCCGCUCCCAGCCCCACGUCUCCUGGCGUUGAAGCGGAUCAUUCCGAUUCGGAGAGUUCUGUUGCAGCCACCAGCAGUGGCCCAGAUUCCAGCGUGAGCUGCUCCCUCACCAGUCAAGCGAGUCCCUCAUCGAGCGAUUGUGACAGCGACUCUGGAUUUGAGUCGUUUGGCAACUCGCCUUCUCACCAGUCUCCGCCUCCUUUUCCGGCGAGCGCCGUAUCUCGGGCCAAACCUUACUGCAAACCCGAGCCUGGGUCCCCUGUAGCAAGGUCCCCCAAGGUCAAAACGGUGUCCGGAGCUCCCAGAGUGGUGGAGAGGAAGCUGAAGAAGAUGGAGCAGAACAAGACGGCCGCAACCCGCUACCGCCAGAAGAAGCGCGUGGAGCAGGAGCUGCUCAACGAGGAGUGCGAGGAGCUGGAGAAGAAGAACCAGGAGCUGGAGGAGAAGGCGGCAGCCAUCAGCAAAGAGAUCCAGUACCUGAGGAACCUGAUGGAGGAGGCUCGCAAGCGCCACCUCAGCAGGACCAGCUCAGUGGCUUAGGAAGAAAGCUAGUUCAGUUCAGGGGGCUGGGAGCUCGUCGGCGGGGCAUCAGCACAUGCUCGUCUCCCAGCCUCCUGUCACACCCCCACAGAAAAGUCCAGCUCGUGACGCAGAGCCUGCAUUCAAUCUCAAUCCUCCCCGACACCGUUUAUGCCAUUCAAUGCUCCCUCCCCAAACACUCCAGCCCCAACCUUCUCAACAGCUUCACGUCCAGAACGGGGCCUCGCUCAUGUUGGGAUCCUGAGUUACUUUGUCCUCCAGUUUCUGAGUGUGUGUUUAACUUUAGCUUCUCUUUCUUUCACUGGUGCAUCGUGGCUGUUUGGGCAAAACUUGAUGAGCUUCACUGAGUGCAACUGUUGGGCUGUACAAACGCUUCACUUUUCUAAUAAAUGUAGUCAUUGGCAUCGGA